AUGAAAUUAAAGAAUUAUAAAAGUUCAAUUAUGAGUAAAGAUCAACAAUUCCGUGCCGUAGAUAAUCCUUUAAAAGAAAAAGUUCCAUUGUCAGCAGCUGUUAAUGUUUGGUCUGCACUAUUAUCAACGGAGUCAGUUAAAAAUCAAUCAGCAGCAAUAAUUGAUAAAGAAAUCUCAGAAGAAGAAAAAAUGCAUUUGCCGUUAAAAAUUUUUGAUGGAAAAAAAGCAUCCAUCAGUGAUUUAAAUCAGGCAUCGAGCUCGUAUUUAUGGUUAAGAAGAAUCAAAGAAAUAUUUUUAGUAUUCGGAACAAUUGCUGAAAAUGAUCCACUGACCAUACAUGAUACAAAGAAUGCUAGAGAAGAGAUGAUGGAAACAACGAAUAUCUUUUUAGAAGCUGCUAGACCAAAACAAGGAACACAGGAUCAGGUAUGAGGUAUACUACCCACAUACAUGUUAGCCGUCGAUCUGGUAUUACAUGAAUCUUCUUUAUUGUCAGAUAAAAUCUACUAUCUUCGUAUAUAGUGAUGUUUCUGAACGUUGAGUAGUAAUUUUUGUUCUUCACAAUAAUUCUCUGGAUAUUGUAUGACAGGUAUGGCAUUGAUAAAGACAUUCUCAAUAUUUUGCUCACAUAUUAUUGAAUUUUCAUUGCUGAUACUCAAAUAGACAUGUGACAGCUCUGUUUCAAUAGUACAGGGUGAUCCAAAAAAAACUUAUCCCCUGUGUAUUU